AUGCCAUUCAAUUCGUCUAUAAAUGUUCCAAUAAAGCUCUUCUUUAAUGCUAUUUCAAAAAGAUCAACAUCACAUCCAAUAGAAUCAAUUCUAUUUGCUUUCAUCAGUGUCACUUUAGCGUACUUCAAACUCGCCCACGCAGUUAGACAUGAUGGCUUCGCCACUGCAGAUCAGUUAGAUAUCGACAAUGAGCACGAUUGGUGGUGGUCUGUGGCGUUAAGAGCUUUCGGUGGUAAAACUUGGUCAUUAGCAAAGAACGCUGAUAGCGUAGACAUUAUGAUCGUUUUAUUAGGAUACAUCCUUAUGCACGGUACAUUCGUGAAUCUCUUUGUCGAAAUGAAGAAAUUGGGGUCUAAAUUUUGGUUGGGUAUGUCAGUUAUCGUAUCAUCAGUUUUCUCCUUUGUUUGUGCCGGUUUAGUCGCCUACUACUCAGAUGUCCGUGUAGACCCUAUCAACUUGUUAGAAGCAUUGCCUUUCUUGGUUAUCACAAUUGGAUUUGAUAAGCCAAUCUCAUUAGCACGCGCCGUCUUCUCUUCUCAUGAUUUAGCACCACCGGUCUUCCAUCCAAAAGCAGGCGAUUAUUUUACUCUCGGUACACCACUCGAACACCCUUCAGAAGAAAGUCAAGUGAACAAAGUUAAAUUAGCUACACCUACACCUGCUUCCACGAUUGUUCAUCGCGCAAACACUAAAGUUGGUCCAAGAAUUGUCAGAGAUACAGCAUUAGAAAUCGCAGUUCUUAUCUUGGGUGCUGCAUCAGGCGCUGCAGGUUUGAAAGAAUUCUGUAUCCUUUCAGCACUCAGCAUCGGUUUCGAUUGCUUCUUCUUGUUCGGUUUCUUGUCACCAAUACUAACCGUCAUGGUCGAAGUACAUCGUAUUAAGUUAUUGAGGGGUACACAAAAUACUAUUUACACAUCGGAAAAGGUCAACAACCCUCUCACAAAGUUAAAGGUUUUACUUUUAUCUUCAUUCCUCAUCCUUCAUUCGCUCAACCUUCUCACAACGCUCUCAUCACAAACAUCUUUGAAGAGAUUCUUGGAUGAUUCCUCAGAGAAUCAAUCAGCCUCUAUAUUUAGCGAUGCAUUCAACAAGGCCAACAACCUCUUCGAUAACGAUGCCAAUAGUAAUCACACAAAGGUUGCCUCAUUGGCUGUUCUUGAAGAUUUCAUGAGCGGUUGGACCCACCUUGUUGGCGAUCCUAUCAUGUCCAAGUGGAUUGUUUUGAUACUUGGCUCAUCUAUCUUCCUCAAUGGUUAUCUCCUCAAAGGUUUAGGUGGUGGUAGCGGUCCUUACACAGUCCAAAUCGACAACAAAGGAUCAAUCGCAGCUAGAAGACAUCUUACUGAUCAAACAGAUGAUAAAGAUGGAUUGAAAUUGAAAGCAUAUCACAUGCAGAAGGUUAAGGAAACAGCUGAAAAAGUCAACAGCCUUCCUUCACUUCCACCUACCUUACCAUCGGUGAAGGAAAUCGACAGACCGCUGCUUGUCAAUGACGCGGGACAUAUCGGACAUCCAAAGAUUAUUGAAGAGAGUUUAUCAACACCAGCUCAAGAAACACACUUCGGUAGAAGAAGUCUUGAAGAGUGCUCAGAAUUACUUCAAAGAUCAAAGGAUUCCCCAUCGAUUACACCAAGUACAGAAUUUAGCGAUGAAGAAUUCAUUAUGUUGGUUCAACAAGGUAAAAUUCCAAUGUACGCAUUAGAGAAAUUAUUAGGAGAUUUCGAAAGAGCUGUCAAAAUCAGAAGAGCUGUUAUUUCACGUCAAUCAACUACUGCAACUUUAGAACAUUCAAAAUUACCAAUGAGAUAUUACGAUUAUCAACAAGUUAUGGGUGCGUGUUGUGAAAAUGUUAUUGGUUACAUGCCAAUUCCAGUUGGUGUAGCCGGACCACUCAAAAUUGAUGGAGAUUUAACACCAAUUCCAAUGGCCACUACUGAAGGAACAUUAGUCGCAUCAACGAGUAGAGGUUGUAAAGCACUAAACGCAUGUGGCGGUGUAACAACAGUUUUAACAAGAGAUGGUAUGACAAGAGGGCCUGCCUUAGAAUUCCCUUCAGUUGUUGAUGCAGCACGUUGCAAGAAAUUCAUCGAUUCGAAGCAUGGUACCGAUUAUAUUACUUCACACUUUAAUCAAACUAGUAGAUUUGCUCGUUUACAACAACUUAAGUGCACACUUGCAGGUAGAACUCUUUAUGUUAGAUUCGCAACAACAACAGGUGACGCUAUGGGUAUGAAUAUGAUUAGUAAGGGCGUUGAAAAGGCAUUGGCAGCACUUCACGAACAAUUUCCUACAAUGCAGACUUUGGCUCUUUCCGGUAACUAUUGUACUGAUAAGAAACCAGCUGCUAUCAACUGGAUUGAAGGUAGAGGUAAAUCUGUCGUUGCUGAAGCGGUCAUCUCAGGUGAUGUUGUUAAGAAUGUUCUCAAAUCUAGUGUUAGCGAUUUAGUUAGACUUAACACUAAGAAGAAUCUCGUUGGUUCUGCUAUGGCUGGCUCAAUCGGUGGAUUCAACGCACAUGCUGCCAACAUUCUGACAGCUAUUUACCUUGCCACUGGUCAAGAUCCUGCACAAAACGUUGAAUCAUCAAAUUGCAUAACAUUAAUGGAGAGUGUGAAUAAUGACAAUGACUUAUUAGUAACUUGCUCAAUGCCUUCAAUUGAAGUUGGUACCGUUGGUGGUGGUACUGUCCUCUCACCCCAGGGUGCAAUGUUGGACUUACUUGGUGUGAGAGGAGCGAAUCAAGUAGAGCCUGGUGCAAAUGCUCAAAGACUCGCUCGGAUAAUUUGUGCGUCAGUUAUGGCUGGCGAACUUAGUUUAAUGGGUGCCUUGGCUGCCGGACAUCUCAUCAAAGCACACAUGCAACACAAUAGAACACCGCAACCUAGUAGACCACAAACACCAAGCUUACUAACACCAGUAACACCUUCAACUAUUGGCACAAUACCUACAGUCAAUUCAACAACAUCAUUGAAUGCCUUACGAGUUAAUGCACUUAAAAGUUCAAAAUAG